GCAUCACGUUGCCUUUUUCGUGUGCCAAUUCCUCCAUAGAUUUUGGGAUGGCUUCUUCUCUCAAUCUCUCGAGGAAUUCUCUCAGGAAGUGUCUGAUCAAUGCGCUACCUUUCACAUGUCUUGCGACAAGAGCGCAUACCAAGAUGGCGUCUGCAAUUAUCGUGUCAGAUGCACAAGAUUACUCAAGCGCCCAGAUAAUUCCUCACUCUCACAAUUCCCGCGGCAAAGAUGUCUCAAUUAUGGUGACGAUGCUGAUUAACAACUCUUCGAGUCUCGAGGCAAGAGAAACAGACGGACAGCGCACAUAUGAUAGACUCGUAGAAUUGCUCCAUGCCAACGAAACGCUGUGAUACGAAUUCGGAUGCAUAACUCUCAAAUCGCGAAGGACAAGUUCAGGCGGUCUCUUCUUUUGGCAUCAUGAUGAGCAAAAGUAUUAUACGUAAGAACAUUUUGGUAGAGAUUCAGGGA